AGUCCAGCCCGGGAGCGAGCGGAGCAGCCGGGUCAGUCCCGGGCCGGAGGAGCCGCCCUCCAGCCAUGGCGACCAAGGCUCGAGUUAUGUAUAAUUUUGAUGCUGAACCCGGAAAUAAUGAAUUGACGGUUAUUGAAGGGGAGAUCAUUACAAUUACAAAUCCGGAUGUAGGUGGAGGAUGGCUCGAAGGAAAAAAUAACAAAGGAGAACGGGGGCUUGUUCCCACAGACUACGUUGAAAUUUUGACUAAUGGUGGGAAAGAUCAGUUUUCUUGUGGAAAUUCAGUAGCUGACCAAGCCUUCCUGGAUUCUCUGUCAAGUGCAAUUCAAGUCAAUGCCUCAGCGGUCAACAGUAAUAACCAGGUGAAUAGUGCUAAUGACCCUUGGUCAAACUGGAAUGCUGGCAAAUCUGGGAACUGGGAAAGCACAGAUGGUUGGGGAACCAAACCAGAAGGUGCCUCUGCUCAGAAGAACACUUCCAACAACUGGGAUGCUGCCUUUGGCCAUCCACAGGCCUACCACGGGCCAGCAGCUGCCGGGGAUGAGGAUGACUGGGAUGAAGAUUGGGAUGACCCCAAGUCAUCACCUCCUACUUAUUUUAAGGAUGUAGAGUCCACUGAGGCCGGUGGGGCCCAACGAGGCAACGCUCGUGCUAGUGGUGCUUCUAUGAAGAUUCCACUUAACAAAUUUCCUGGAUUUGCAAAACCUGGAAUGGAACAAUACUUACUGGCAAAGCAGCUAGCAAAACCCAAAGAGAAAAUUUCCAUCAUUGUUGGAGAUUAUGGCCCAAUGUGGGUUUACCCCACCUCUACAUUUGACUGUGUUGUAGCAGAUCCCAGGAAAGGCUCCAAGAUGUAUGGUUUGAAGAGUUACAUCGAGUAUCAAUUAACAGCCACUAACACUAAUCGGUCUGUCAACCACAGAUAUAAGCACUUUGACUGGCUCUAUGAGCGCCUUCUAGUUAAGUUUGGGUCAGCCAUUCCAAUCCCUUCCCUCCCGGACAAGCAGGUUACAGGUCGCUUUGAAGAAGAAUUUAUAAAGAUGCGAAUGGAAAGACUGCAGGCAUGGAUGACUAGAAUGUGUCGUCAUCCUGUCAUCUCAGAAAGUGAAGUUUUCCAGCAAUUCUUGAAUUUCCGGGAUGAAAAGGAAUGGAAAACUGGGAAGAGGAAGGCUGAAAAAGACGAGCUGGUGGGUGUUAUGAUAUUUUCAACCAUGGAGCCAGAAGCCCCAGACCUGGACUUGAUAGAAAUAGAACAGAAAUGCGAAGCUGUUGGUAAGUUUACCAAGGCCAUGGAUGAUGGUGUCAAGGAGCUGCUGACCGUGGGACAGGAACACUGGAAGCGGUGUACAGGACCAUUGCCCAAGGAAUAUCAGAAGAUAGGAAAAGCCUUGCAGUGUUUAGCAACUGUAUUCAGUUCCAGUGGCUACCAAGGUGAAACAGACCUCAAUGAUGCAAUAACAGAAGCAGGAAAAACUUAUGAAGAAAUUGCAAAUCUUGUGGCAGAGCAGCCAAAGAAAGAUCUCCAUUUCCUGAUGGAAUGUAAUCAUGAGUACAAAGGAUUCCUUGGCUGUUUCCCUGACAUCAUUGGUACUCACAAGGGAGCAAUAGAAAAGGUGAAAGAAAGUGAUAAAUUGGUCGCGACCAGUAAAAUCACCCCCCAGGACAAACAAAACAUGGUGAAGCGUGUAGGCAUAAUGUCUUAUGCACUACAAGCGGAGAUGAAUCACUUUCACAGUAACCGGAUAUAUGACUAUAACAGUGUCAUCCGCCUGUAUCUGGAGCAGCAGGUACAGUUUUAUGAAACGAUUGCAGAAAAGCUGAGGCAGGCCCUCAGCCGCUUUCCAGUGAUGUAGACCAGGGACAUGAAGAAAACUCCUAAGUGCUUCUUUCUGACUUGGGGCAAUGCAAUUUAAAGUUUGUUUUCUCUUCUUUUUCUUCUUUCACCAUCCCAAAAAAUUUUCGAAAAAUAACUGAAUUGAAGAAAAAAAAACCCCACAAAAUUAAGAUGUUUACUUUAUUAAGCAGCCUGAAUGCAUCAUUUAUUCAAGGGUGUCCCUUUUUUUUAAAGUUCAUUUUUCAUAUCCAUUAUUUAAAAAAAAAAAAAUUUCUCUAUUUUUGGAAAGGAUUUCAGAUUGCUGGGAUUUGUUAAUGAAAAAUUAAAGAGUUUUUCCCAUUGAUUUUUGUAUAGAUUCCUAAUCUCUAAGUCACAUAAAAUCUUCUCAUUCUUAUCCAAUGUCAGAUAAAUACUAAUUUCUUUAAAAACGUGAAUAUGCCAGAAUAAAAAUAUAUAUAUGUUUGUAUAUUUUUAUAACUCUA